AUGGCCAAGUCCAAGAACUCGUCGCAGCACAACCAGGCCAAGAAGGCCCACAAGAACGGUAUCAAGAAGCCCAAGACCCACAGAUACCCUUCCCUCAAGGGUACCGACCCCAAGUUCAGACGCAACCACAGACAUGCUCUUCACGGCACCAUGAGAGCCCUGAAGGAGGUCAAGGACGGCAAGAGAGAGUCCGCAUAAACGCAUCAACCACAUCACGAAAGUCAAAAAUCGGCGUCCUGUGUUAUGGGUUGGAAGCUUUGCUAGAAGGAGCGCGAAAUGACUCCUUGCGACAAAUGCCAUGAAUCUGGUUGUGCAAAAUGCCUCUCGGUCUCGUCGCCCUGUCACCCUGUCACCCUGGUCCACCUCUACCUUUCCCGUCUACUCUCGUCUUCCUCUGUGACCCUUCCCCAAACAAAACAACACGGCAUAAGUGUGUACAGCAACUCGCGAUCUCCAUGCAGAAUUUGCUGAAGGAUUUUCCAUCGUGCCAAUAUCAAAGACCCCACCAUUACCAAACACUUGACCUGUAUUCCAUCGGGUACAUGUGCAUGGAGUUGGGGUCACAUCUCUCAUUUUUAGCAUCUCUCUUAUUUAUGUGACCAAUCUUACCUAUCUUCGAUUCCGCAGAAAAAACACAGUUUCACUCCAUCG